AUGGAUAUUGAAGUUACGUCGGGGAAAAAAAGGUGUGGGAGCCCCAUGAUUACAGCGGACAUGGAGGUUCCUUUAUGUAAGAAGUUCCGCUUGAUCGAUGAGGAGGAAAAUGGUGAUGUUGAGUUGGCAUUAACGGCGGAGGCUGCAAGGUGGAAGUCUUUUCUUGAGUUUGAUGGUCAUUUUGUGGUGAAUCCGAACGGGGCGAGUGGAGGCCUCAUGUUGUUUUGGAAAGAUCCUCUGGAUGUGGCUAUUUCUAGUUAUUCUCCGGGACAUAUUGACUGUCGGGUCUCUAAUGAUGGCGUGACGUGGCGCUUUACUGGUUUUUAUGGGCAUCCUGAUGCGGCCCAACGACAUCAUUCUUGGGAGAUGUUGCGCCGUCUUGGCGAAAAUGGUGGGGAUCUCUCGUGGCUUAGUGUUAAAACAAAUGCGGACUUCUCCUGGUCUAAUAGGCGGAAGGGCGAGGCGGCUAUUUGGGAGCUUAUUGAUCGCUUUCUGAUCAAUGCUAAGUGGGCGAAUUCUUCUGGUGUUAAUGAUUCUCAAAUGCUCGACUUUUAUGGGUCUGACCACAGAGCUGUGAAGUAUAUCUUGGAAAAACCGGAAGUUGGCUCGUCUCAAGGGGGUUUUAAGAGAUUUUUCUUUGAGCAGAAAUGGAUGUUGGCAAAGAAUUUUACAGCUGAUCUCCUUAUGGAGUGGCGUUUCAGUGGGGGAUUACCUGUUCAUCAACGGUUGGAAUGGUGUCAGCGAUACCUUGAAAAGUGGAAGAACUCGGAUUUUGAUAAUCCGACCAAGAAGAUUGAGGAACUGAGGAAAAAACGGAUUAAACUUCUUAAUGCAGGUGCUUCUAAAAGUACGUCGGCUGAUUUGAAGGUUUUGGAGGCUGAUUUAGAGAGGAUGCUGGAGGCAGAGGAAGUACAUUGGAAGCAAAGAUCGAGGGCAAAUUGGUUGGGCUUUGGUGACAGGAAUACUUCUUAUUUCCACGCCUUCGCUUCGGCCAGGAAAAAGAAAAAUGACAUUCCUGCUUUGGUUGACAACCUCGGUGUGCUGCAGAAAGAUGAUAAAGUGAAGGCGCUAAUUGUUCAGAACUACUUCUCCGAGAUGUUCAAGUCGGAUUCCCCACAACCGAGCAUUGUGAAGGCUGUCACAGCUCGAAUUUCGUCUUACUUUGGAGAGGAGGAAGUUAGAAUUCUGGAUGCACCUUUUACCAAAAAUGAUGUUCGAAAUGCUGUUUUUCAGAUGAGCCCUCACAAAGCUCCUGGCCCAGAUGGCUUUCCUCCGGUGUUUUUUCAGAAGUAUUGGGGAGAAAUUGGGGGUACGGUUACUAAGGAGGUCCUGCAGGUGCUGAAUGGUGGAGGGAAAGUUCAGGAGUGGAAUAAAACUCUUAUUGUUUUGAUUCCAAAGAUCACGAAACCCACCCGAGUGAGUGACUUCCGCCCUAUAAGCUUAUGUAAUACUCUUUACAAGAUUGUCACUAAAGCAUUGGUGAACCGUAUUCGGGAUGUUCUGGGCAGUGUGAUUAAUGAUUCUCAAAGUGCGUUUGUACCGGGUCGCAUGAUCUCUGACAAUAUUUUGGUUGGGUACGAAUGUAUGCACUGGCCAAGGAAUCAAAAAAAGGGGAAGGUUGGUUUUGCUGCGGCUAAGUUAGACAUGAGAAAGGCGUACGACAGAGUUGAGUGGCCUUUUUUGAGGGCUAUGUUGCUCCGAUUGGGGUUUCCAAGAAGGAUGGUUGAGAUUAUUAUGGACUGCGUUACUUCGGUCUCUUUCUCGUUUGUCAUUAAUCGAAAAGUUUAUGGUUCUUUAGUCCCUACUCGUGGCAUUCGGCAAGGUUGUCCUUUGUCCCCGUUCCUCUUUGUGAUUUGUGCUCAAGGUCUGUCAGCUGGCCUCUAUCACUAUGAGAGACGACAACUGAUUGAAGGGAUUAAGGUGGCUAAGAUGAGCCCUGCAAUUUCCCAUCUUUUCUUCGCCGACGACAGUCUUUUGUUCUUCAAAGCGUCGGCGACUGGUGUUAGAACGAUCAAGAACCUUCUGGAGGAGUAUUCCAGUGCCUCGGGACAGCUUGUUAAUCUAGAAAAGUCGGCGGUUUCGUUCAGCCCAUGCUCUUCUAGGCAAGAUAUUGAGAUGGUUGUUAACACACUGGGCAUUCGUGAGACAUCGGGCCAUUCUAUGUACCUUGGACUUCCAACGUUUAUUGUUCGAAAGAAAAAAGUCCAGUUUGAUUAUCUCAGGGAGAGGGUUUACAAGAAGCUUAGCUCGUGGAAAAACAAGUUUUUCUCUGCUGGUGGGAAGGAAAUUCUUAUUAAGUCUGUUAUCCAAGCAAUCCCAACAUAUACUAUGAGUUGCUUCAAAGUCCCAAUGGCGGUUUGUGCGGAUAUUGAGCGGGCUUGUUCGAAUUUUUGGUGGGGCGAAACAGACUCGGGUAAGCAAAUGCAUUGGGCUUCUUGGGAGAAAUUAUGCUUGCAAAAAUCUAAAGGAGGCUUGGGUUUCCGAAGACUUGGUGCUUUUAAUCAGUCUUUGCUAGCAAAGCAAGCUUGGCGGCUGCUAAAAUUUCCUAAUUCUCUGGUGGCAAGAGUCUUAAAAGGGCGGUAUUAUAAGGAUGGGGAUCUUCUUAAAGCGCAGCCUUCAUCCAAUGCCUCGUAUUCUUGGAGAUCUAUUACUUGGGGGCGAGAUUUAUUGAAAGGUGGUUUGCGAUGGCGGGUAGGGAAUGGGAAUUCCAUUAAAGCUUUUCAUGAUCCUUGGAUUCCAGUGGCGGGAAGUGGGAUUGCUGUUUGUUCGACCGGGGAUCAGAGGGAUGUUCUGGUCAAGGAUUUCAUGGAUGGUAGCAGGUGGAGUAAGGCUAAACUUGCGGCUGCCUUUCUCCCUUUUGAGGCGUGUGCUAUUGAAACUAUUCCUUUAUCGAGGAUUGGGGUGGAUGAUGACUGGUACUGGAUCCACGAUGAGAAAGGGCGUUUUUCGGUUAAAUCGGGAUAUCUCUUAGCUACUGAUUUUUAUACUCCUCAUCCAGCUACUUCGCCUGAGGAACAGAUGAAAUGGUACAGACAGCUUUGGUCGACUAACAUACCUCCUAAAGCUAAGAUUUUUGUGUGGAGAGCUACUAAUAAUCUAAUAGCUACCGACUCGAACUUAGUCCGCCAUCAUAUUCCUACCACGGAGGUGUGUUCCUGGUGUAAUCGUGAUUGGGGGUCGACUGUCCAUUGCCUCUUAUUUUGUGAGAGGGUAUCUGAUUCUUGGAAGAAGUCACCUUGGUGGUCUGUUAUAAAGAAAUGCAAGAGAUUGACGUUAGAAGAGAUAUGCAAGCUGUUCCUUGAGGUUUUUAAUGCUGCUUCUUUCGAGUUUUUUUGCAUGGGACUUUGGAGUUGUUGGCGCUGGCUGUGUGCUGCUAAGCAUGGAACGGCUUCUUCCUCUUUCUUUGAUGAUUUGUCCUGGGGAGAACAACAUCUGGAGGUGUUCCAGCAGGCCAAGCUGCAGAUUCUUGGCAGCCUCCGGCUGCUACCGAAGGAGGGAGACAGCCGCUGGAUCCCGCCUCGCCGUGGUCUCCUUCGGCUGGACGUCGACUUCUCUUUCCAUGAUAUUAGUGGAGCAGCUGGUGUUGGGUUUCUGGUUCGAGAUUGGACUGGAUCGAUAAUUGCUGCAGCGGCGCACCGGGUUGGGAGAACGGAGACCAUUUUGAUGGGGGAGUUGCAUGCUAUGCUUUUGGGUAUUGGUUUUUGUCUUGAACAAGAUCUCGGUCCGAUUGUGCUCUAUUCUGAUUCUAUGUUGGCUAUUCACGUGGUCCAUGAAGAUUAUAAGGGUAUGGAUUCUUUAAGCGAUGAAUUGUUUGAGGCUUUCGUGGUUGCUAAAGAUAGGAUUGUUGUGGAUUUCCGGCAUGUUCGCCGUGAGGCGAAUAGAGCCGCUCAUAAUCUAGCGAAUUUCGCUGCUUGGUCUGAUGGUGUAAUGAUCUGGAAGCAAGGUUUCCCCGCCUGGCUUACAGAUAUUGUUCAUCGCGAUUUGGAAUAA